AGUUUAUAUCGAACAUCGGCUAGAGGAAAAACUAAAAAUUUUCAAUGCAUUUUAAAAGUUUUUCGCGUAUUUUUUUUCUAAUGUGCCUGUUUAUUAUUUCUGAAAGUAAAUAUACUACGAGGGUUCUUCCAGAACAUCUUAACACAACUCCAGACGCACCUUGUACGAAUAUCGGACCACCCGAUAAAGAAACUGGUAGUAAAUGUGAAUGUCCUUCGGGAUUUCGAAAAAAAGGAACACGCUGCAUCGAUAUAAACGAAUGCGAUCCAGAAGAUUGUCCGCCGGCUGGUGAUAUUUUGUUUGCAGACGCUGCUGACGAAGACGAAUACGAAGAUGAAGACUACGAUGAAGAAAAUUAUAGCGACGAUUACGAAGAAGAAGAAUACGUAGAUCCGAGGAUUAAAAAUGUUGGAGAAAACGCUAAAAAAGAUCGAUACGAUGAAGAUUACGAAGAUAUUAAGGCUUCAAAUGAAGAAAUAUCAUCGAAUACUUCUAAAGAUAGCAAAAAUGAAGAAACAACAAUAAAAACAGUUGAAAUAGAUAUUGAAGAUGAAGAUAAAACUAAAAAUAUGAAUGACACUCUUAGUUCCGUUGAUAAAAAUGAUAAAAACACUCUUAUUAACAUUGAAAAUGGAGAUACCAAUGUUUUAUUAGAUAGGAAAGACGAAGAGGACGAUAAUAGUGAAGAUAACGAAGAAACAACUACUACAAAUGAAGAAUUAUCAUCUAAUACUUCUAAAGAUAUUAAAAGCGAAGAAACAACAAUAAAAACAGUUAAAAUAGAUAUUGAAGAUGAAGAUAAAACUAAAAACAUAAAUGACACUCUUAUAUCUUUUGAUAAAAACACUGUUAUUGACACUAAAUAUAAAGAUAAAAGUGUUUUUAUAGAUAGGAGAGAUGAAGACGACGAUAAUGGUGAAGGGAACGAAGAAACCACUACUUCAAAUGAGGAAUUAUCAUCCAAUACUUCUAUAGAUAUUAAAAAUGAAGAAAUUACUACCAAUACAGAUGGAAUAGACAUUAAAGAUAAUGAAGAAAGUGUUGUAAUAGAUAGGAAAGAUGAAGAUUUUGAGGAUACUACUAUAAUUGACGUUAAAACAACUAAUAAAGAUACCAAUCACAAUAAAAAUGAUGAUAUAGAAAAACUAGACGACGAAGACGAUGAUACAACUGAAGAUUACGAAGAAUACGACGAAACAACUGAAGAAUCUAUCACGGAUUUAACAGACAGACCGAAAUUAGUCGAUUCUGGCAGAAAAAUCAACGAAAUUACUACUGAAACAGAUGAAAUACAUACUGAAGAUGAAGAUAAAACUAAAAAUAUGAAUGAAACGCUUAAUUCUGUUGAUAAAAAUGGUAAAAACACUGUUAUUAACAUCGAAAAUGAAGAUACCAAUGUUUUAAUACAUAGGAAAGACGAAGAGAACGAUAAUGAUGAAGAUAACGAAGAAAUAACUACUUCAAAUGAAGAAUUAUCAUCUAAUACUUCUAUAGAUAUUAAAAGGGAAGAAAUUACUACCAAAACAGAUGGAAUAGACAUUAAAGAUAAUGAAGAAAAUGUUGUAAUAGAUAGGAAAGACGAAGAUUAUGAAGAUACUACUAUAAUUGAUAUUAAAACAACUAAUAAAGAUACCAAUCACAAUAAAAAUGACGAUAUAGAAAAACUAGAUGAAGAAGACGAUGAUACAACUGAAGAUGACGAGGAAUACGACGAAACAACAGAAGAAUCUAUUACUGAUUUAACACCCAAACCGAAAUUAGUCGAUUCUGACAGAAAAAUUAACGAAAUUGAUGAAGAAAAUAAAAACAAAGUAACCACCGAAGAAGAUGUCGAUGAAUACGAUGAUUAUGACGAAGAAUAUACCGAUAACGAAAUAGAAGAAGAAUGCGAAGAAGGCGAUUGCGAAGAAAUCGACGAAUGCGAUUCGGCGACGAACCCCCUUUGUCAAAAUACGACUUGUUCCCACGGGGAAACGAGAAUAGACGGAAAAAUGCGAUGCACGUGUCCUUUGGGGUUCGUAUUAGGUAAAAAAACCCCCCCUUCCGACACCAACCGCCAAAAUCUGGGAGAUUAUUUUGUUGUAGGUUCGGAUAACAAAACAUGCGAAGACAUCGACGAAUGUCUUUUGCUCGGAGACUGUUCGCAGACGUGCGUAAACGUGGUGGGAUCUUAUAAAUGCGGCUGUAGGGAGGGUUUCGUUUUGGAAAGGGAUAAAUUCUGCGUGGAUGUAAACGAAUGCGAUGAAAACGAGGAUUUACACGAAUGCGAACAUAUUUGCGUCAAUUAUCAAGGUGGGUACGAAUGUUCAUGUUACGAAGGAUUCCAACUUUCAUCAGACGACGUGACUUGCGUCGACAUCGACGAAUGUCAAACUGACAACGGAAAUUGUAGCCAAAAGUGUAUAAACACUCGAGGUUCGUACUUCUGCGCAUGCGAGGAAAAUUACACAUUAAAAAACGAUAACCGGACUUGUAUAGUGACGGAUCCUUGUUGGGGAGAUAACGGCGGUUGUUCGCACAGAUGCGUCAACGAAAACGGUACCGCCAAAUGCGAAUGCCCCGAAGGGCACAUCCUAGAAGACAAGGAUUGCUAUAUACUUGAUCCUUGUUCGACAGACAAUGGCGGUUGCAGCCAUAUUUGCAUUAACGCGAAUUCGGCGGUUAGAUGCGCAUGUCCCUCAAACUUCGAACUCGUCAAUUCCACAACUUGUACGGAAAUCGAUCCCUGCACCGAAAACAACGGGGGUUGUUCGCAUAUUUGCGCAUUUGAAGAAGGCGUUCGAACAUGUUCGUGUCCUCAAACUCACGAAUUACACAAUUUAACGCAUUGCUCGGUUAAAAACCCAUGUUUGGAGAACAACGGGAGUUGUUCGCAUAUUUGCGCAUUUGAAGAAGGCGUUCGAACAUGUUCGUGUCCUCAAACUCACGAAUUACACAAUUUAACGCAUUGCUCGGUUAAAAACCCAUGUUUGGAGAACAACGGGGGUUGUUCGCAUAUUUGCGCAUUUGAAGAAGGCGUUCGAACAUGUUCGUGUCCUCAAACUCACGAAUUACACAAUUUAACGCAUUGCUCGGUUAAAAACCCAUGUUUGGAGAACAACGGGGGUUGUUCGCAUAUUUGCGCAUUUGAAGAAGGCGUUCGAACAUGUUCGUGUCCUCAAACUCACGAAUUACACAAUUUAACGCAUUGCUCGGUUAAAAACCCAUGUUUGGAGUACAACGGGGGUUGUAGUCACUUUUGUUCAAGCGAUGAAGAAGGGGAAGUGGAAUGUUCGUGUCCUGAAGGAUUCGUCUUGGAAGGUUCGUUAAAUUGUGUACCAACAGAUCCUUGUUUACUUAAUAACGGCAAUUGUUCCCACAUAUGUAAUUCGACCUCAUUAGCGAGAAUCUGUUCUUGCCCCGAAGGUUACCGAUUAAAAAACGAAACGUCCUGCGUCGAAUCGAAUCCGUGUUUCGUAAGCAACGGGGGUUGUUCGCACGGCUGCGUCAAUCUACAAGGCGUACCGAAAUGUACCUGCCCGCCGGGAUACAAAUUAUUCGAUAAAACCUGCAAGGACGAGGAUCCGUGUACGAAAAACAACGGGGGUUGUUCGCAUAUUUGUCGUAGCGAAGGGGGUAAACGAAAAUGUCUUUGUCCCGCUGGGUAUAUUCUGCGACCCAACGGUAGGGUUUGUAAGGAAAUUAACGAAUGUAGGGUGAAUAAGGGCGGUUGUUCGCACGGUUGCAAGAAUCUACCGGGGUCGUACGAAUGUACGUGCCCUUUCGGAUUGAAAUUAGAUCGAAGAAGGAAUAAAACGUGCGUGGACGUCGACGAAUGUUCGAUUGAUAAUGGGGGGUGCGAAAUGAUUUGUAGAAAUUUUAUGGGGGGGUUUAAAUGCGGUUGUCCCGAAGGAUAUAAGCUACAGAGGGAUGGUAAGUCUUGCCGACCAUCUAGGGUGGUUUAUUGCAAACUACCACCGGCUCCGGUGAACGGCGUCGUCAGGUGUUGGGAGGAAAAACUUGAUAAAGUACCAGCGGGUACUAGAUGUAACGUCUGGUGUAACGAAGGAUAUAAAUUAAAAGGAAAUAAACAGAAAAUUUGUACAGAAACGGGAAAAUGGGAAAACGACGAUCAAAUUUGUUUGGUGGCGACUUGUCCCAAAUUACCAGUUAUCCGAAACGGUUGGUAUAUACCGGGUGUUUGUAAUUCCGGUAGGACUUAUAUCGGAGAAUCGUGCGCCAUCUAUUGUCGCGAAGGUUUUACUUUGAAAGAAGGAAUCGGUAAUUAUACGUGCGAUUCUAAUAUGAAUUGGACGCCAGCUGUCGCGUCGGACGUUUUGUACGGCUCCUGUAUCAAAACGCCGGAUAAUACGUACGUUACCUGUCCUAAUAAAGGACGAAUGGAUUUUGUCCUGCCCCAAGGUGAAAAGCAGAUGUUAGUGAAAAUACCGAAGCCGGAAACGAACGCCGAUUGGAAUUUGGUCAUUUCGCGACCGGUUUGGGGUACCAGAUUGGAAACCGUCCUCCCCGCCGGAAGGUCUGAAUUAAAUUUCAUAGCCGCUUCGUCGUCCGAUUUUAACCGGACCGCAUCGUGUAAAUUGGUCAUAAACGUUUUGGAUAAAGAGCCGCCUUUAGCGGCGGGAUGCCCGGACAACGUCGAGAGACGCCUUAAUAGCGGGGAAACAACCGCCAUCGUCUACUGGAAAGAACCGAUUUUCCAAGACAACGUCGGAAUUUCCAAGAUUUACAAAACGAGAGAGCCAGGAAGCGAGUUCGGCCCUGGAUUACAUCACAUAACUUACGUAGCCAACGACGAGGCUGGAAAUAGAGCGUUCUGUCAUUUCAGUAUUGACGUCAGAGAUAAUUUGUACAACGAACCAUCGAACUCAUUAGAGCAAUUGAGCUCGGCGACGUACGCAAGUCACAUAACAGCCGGGAAGUACAAGGCCGUUUUGAUCUGUCCCAAUGGCGUAAAAUUUAUUACUGACGAUCUUUAUAAGUACAAUAAUAUGUUGUCAGGUAAGUUGGGUUGCUAUUGGAAACACGUGAAGGUUGCCAAGUCGCCGAUGGAGCCUCAGCUUUUUACGGUACCGAAGAUUUAUUCGAAGAGUCGAUUACCUUUUAAUAUGAGACGUGAUCGAAGAGUUUUUUUCAAAUGGAAUCGAUGAAAUUUCGAUAGACCCUGUAUUAUAUAAAACUCGAAUAUUUACGCCAUAACGUGUUCUUUUCAAAAUGGACAUUUUAUCAAUGCUCCUAGAAAUUUUUAAUCAUGG